UUUUCCCCAUUUAAUUGGCAGCAGUCGCCGAAGUUGUAAGUGAGAAGGGCUUAGGAUCGAGAUGCCAAAGGGAAAGGGUAAAAGAGUGGGAGAGCCGCCUUUCAAGCGGCAGCGUAAAAGUCGUCGCGAGAGCAGCGACGGCAGCGAGACCAGCGACUCUUACUCGAGCUACAGCUCCUCGGGCACCUCCGCAUCCUCCGGAUCCUCCGGAUCCUCCAGCUACACCAGCUCUAGCGGCUCCAGCGGCUCCUCCAGCUCCGUCUCGAGCAGCGAGGACUCCGGGGAGGAGCCGGAGGAAGCAGCCGCCGCCAAGAGGGCGAAGCACUCGUGCUGCCACCACCGGCACCAUCGACGCCAUCGGCGGCACCAUCACCGUCACUCGCCGCCGCGCCAUCACUCCCAUCGCCGCCAUGGGCGCCCAUCUGGCCAGCGUCGCCAUCGCCCCGACCAUGGACGCUCCUCGAAGCGUCCGUCCGGGAGGGUCAGUCGCCGAGGAGCCGUCCCUGCCGCCAAGAUGGAAGUGGUGGUCAAUGAGGGAUUGGUUUCCACCUCCGGCAGCCACCCGGUGGCCAUCCAGAUACCGGCCCCCAUUCCGCUGCCCGUGCCGACACCCAUUCCGGCCGAGCUCAUCACCCAGCCGCAGCCCGUGCCGGCACCAGUCUUGGCUCCUGCUCCCGCUGCUCCGUUGGCCAGGGAGCUGCGCCUGGAGCAGCAUUACCAGCGCAAGUCACGCAUGCGCUCCUCCGGCUCCCAGGCCCAAGCCCAAGGCCUAGUCCAAGCCCAAGCCCAAGUCCUAGUCCAAGCCAAAGCCCAAGCCCAAGCCCAAAUCCCGGCCAAGACCAUCACCAUCACCAAGAGCCUGGCCACUGUGGGUGCCCCGCCCAUGGGCAGGAUCAUGGCCGGAGGAGCCAGAUCCAGCGGCAUGAAGGUGGUGCCCAGGCAGGUCAGGAACCCAGUGGCCAGUGGCUCCACUGCGAAGGCUCCGGCAAAGAUUACUCGACCCAAUUCGAGUGCCAGCCAAGCAGACUCCAAUGGCAAGUCACCGAUGAGAACGGACUCCUCCAACUCCAAGAUGAGGGCAUCCAACGAGAACCAGUGCAAGCAAGGAGGAGGAUCCGGAGGAGGAUCCGGAGUAGGUGGAUCAGGAGGAGGAUCCGGAAGGGGAGGAGGAUCCGGAGGAGAAGGAUCAGGAGGUGGAUCCGGAGGUGGAUCCGGAGGAGGAUCCGGAGGAGGAGGAUCCGGAGGAGGAUCCGGAGGAGAAUCCGGAGGAGGAUCCGGAGGAGGAACAGGAGGAGGAUCAGGAGGAGGAACAGGAGGAGGAUCCGGAGGAGGAUCCGGAGGAGGAUCAGGAGGAGGAUCCGGAGGAGGAUCCGGAGGAGGAUCCGGAGGAGGAUCCGGAGGAGGAACAGGAGGAGGAUCAGGAGGAGGAACAGGAGGAAGUUCCGGAAGGGGAAAAGGAGGAGGAUCAGGAGGAGGAGCCGGAAGGGCAGGAGGAGGAAGAUCCGGAGAAGGUGGAUCAGGAGGAGGACCAAGAGGAGGUGGAGCCCAUGACAAAGGCAACCAAACGGCCUAUCGCAAUGGCAAGCACGCCAUCGAAUUCCGCCAACCCGUCCGCAUUGUGCGCCUCCACAUCAAGGGACUGACCCGCCAGGUGAGCAAGGAGCACAUCACCGAGAUCUUCGGUCAUUUCGGAGCCCUCACGGCCGUCGACUUUCCCACGGACCGGUUCCAGGGACGCUUGGGGCGUGGCUACGCCUUCGUCGAGUUCGCUCGUCCCGAGGACUGCGCCCGCGCCAUCAAGCACAUGAAUGGCGGCCAGAUCGACGGCAAGCGGAUCACGGUGUCCGCCUUCCAGGAGAGCAUGCUGAAGGCUCCGUGGCGCCACUACCGCCGCUACUCGCCGGUCAACUACCGCCGCCAGCGCCAGCGUCACAACUCGCAGUCCCGCUCUCGCUCCCGCUCUUACGGCCAGUCGCGCUCCAUGUCCCGCUCCCGCUCGAGGUCCUUCCCACGCUCCCGCUCCUCUCGCUCCCAAUCAAUGUCAGGGUCGCGCUACAAUCGCCGCUACCGCUCGCGCUCCCGCACCCGCUCUCGCUCCCCCUUCUCCCGCGGCCGCUCGUCGCCGCGCUACGAGCAGUACCACCGCCCCGGAUCGCGUUCUCCUUAGGCAGGUCGCACUGUCGUCGCGGAGCGACAUCCAAGCAAGUCCACAAAUCGAGCAGAAAUCGAUUCCCAUAA